UGGAAGUGAAAGUAAUGUGUUCACUAUAAAUGCAGGUGGAUUUAUUUUCAACCAUUCAAAACUGCAACUGCAACAAGCUAAAGAGACAGACAGUGGGAUAAGUUGGGUAAAUCACAAAGCACGAUGGGUGGGACACAAAGCAAGAAGUGGGUUCUACUGGCUGCUGGUUCCGAAGGCUGGAUAAAUUACAGACAUCAGGCUUGUGUCUGCCAUGCCUAUCAAAUGGCUCACGGCAAUGGCAUUCCAGAUGAGCAGAUUGUGGUGAUGAUGUAUGAUGAUAUAGCUAACAAUGAGGCGAACCAAAAUCAUAGAGGCGAAAUCAUCAAUGAGCCAGGUGGUCCCAAUGUUUACCAGGGAGUUCUGAAGGAUUACAUUAAUAAUGACGUUUCAGUUCAAAACUUUCUGGCUGUGCUUCGUGGAGAUGAAGCAAAUGUUACUAAACAUGCAGGGGGACCAAAAAAGGUCUUGAAAAGUGGUAGAAAUGACACCAUUUUCAUCUAUCUGUCAGGUCAUGGAGGUAAAGGAGUGUUUGCCUUUCCCAACACAAAUACGCUUCAUGCAUCUGACCUUGUUGACACUAUAAAUGAGAUGUCAGGACGCCACCAGUUCUCAAAGAUGGUGAUUUAUGUAGAAAGCUGUUUUUCUGGAUCAAUGAUUGACCAUCUCCCAAAAAACACAGAGGUUUAUGGAGUGUCUGCCUCUUCUCCUGAUGAGAGCUCCUAUGCUUAUUUCCUUGAUGAGGACAGAUGGGCAUAUCUCUCUAACGAAUUUACUGCAUAUUGGCUGUUACACAACGAAAAGUCUGAUCUUACUAAGACAACCUUCUGGAAUCAGUUUGUGUAUUUGAGGGAGAAAGUCCAGAGAUCUACUCCUCAUCAGUAUGGCAACAUUACGCUCAGGGAACUGUACAUCAGUGACUUUUUGGGUCGUCCUGACUCCAGAACUCAAGCAGAACGUGCUAGGCAAGCUAAACGUUUGAAACAAACACAUCUCACCUUAACCAAUGAAGUCCCACUGAUAAUUCAGAGGAGCAGAAUUCAGUGUGAAAACAACAUUGAGAAAAAAAGAGCUCUACAGAGAGAUUACGAUAACCUUAUGAAGAUGAAAGAGAGAAUUGCAACAGCAGUGCAGAACAUUGCUAUGCAGUCAUGCCCUGAACGAGGCCCCAGAGCACUGAUAGACACUAGUCGUCUAACUCAACUGAAACAUUUGAAACAUGUAGCAGAGCAUUUCAGACAGACCUUCAGUAAGUGGCAUGAGGAGCAGUAUGUUUCCUUUGUUAUGGCACACAUGUCUGUCUUUGUGAACCUAAUUGAGUCUGGAGUGGAUGUUGAACGGAUUAAAGACGCCAUAACCCGUGUGCACAUUGCACAAGGACCAUCAUCAGGUCGAUACUGAAGUUACUGCACCCCUGAACUACAGAUCAAUUCCUGCUUGCCUGAUCUGC